AGUGCAACGGGUCCGUGUGGUGCCUGCGUAUACAGCGCGACCGCGUACACACAGAGCCCGCUGGUCAAUGUUUUUGUUCUCUCGCACGCACGCACUAUCGCAAACUCGUAAAACGCAAACGAGACGUCGCCCGGACGGGUGUACAAGCUUCACCGAAAUCGGAAAGGUUUUUGCGCGUACGCGAACCGUGUGCUUGUGUGUGGGUGCGUGUGUAUGUGCCACCAGCACGGCACAAUCGAACCGUGAUCGGGUGCUACUGCCGUGAGCCGUGAUUUGUGUAGUGCUUGUUUUGUUGCGACCGACCGUGCCCCCCCCCUGAGAAAUGGUGUCGAAAAACCAGCAUCGCGAAGAAAAGCCCGAGAUCUCGAGUGAGUGAGUGAGUAAAAUUGUGCGUCCGGAUUAUCCUGUUCGGGGGUGGGUUUGUCCAUUGGCGUCCCGUUCACCGAAAACGCUCCAGGUCUUCCCUCAAAGAACAAAAAAAAGGGGGAAGAUGAACGGAACAGUAGGCAGGCUGUGAAGGAGGAAAAGGUUUAAUUAACAGAAAAAAAAAAUCGCCCCAAAAGAAACGCAGUGGAUGAGUCCUCAAAUAUAAACUAACUUGCGAUUGGCGUUGCAGGUUUCCUGACUUAGUUGGCACCCUUACCCGGGAUAGUCAAUCUUACGUACGGAAUCUUUACCAGUUCUGCCGUGUAGAGACCGCCACACGGUCUGUCGAAAGCUUCUUACAAUGAAUCACGUGCAGCCUGUGUUACGAUAGCGCAUCAGUUCACUAAAGAGAAAUGCCAUGCAAAAGAUUAUUAAAACUGUGAAACAAACAAAAGACAACAGUGCACUGUACGCUCUGUAAUGAUAUAACAGGUAAUGGGGGAAGACCCUGUACCGGGAAGCAAGUUGAAAAGUGUUUGGCGCGUACACGGUUAACGAUCGAAUCGUAGCACCACAUACUGUUGCCAUGUCGAAGUGGAACAAAACCCAGGGUGUUGUCGUACCCCUGGAAUCACUGUUAAAAGAACGUCGGAAAGAGAACUGUCCUGCCCCACGCCGUUCGGCAGGUCUGGUGGGCCGAUGGGGCAUUACAAGCUUUACCUCAAUACGCAGUCGAAGUUAUGUUGCGGAAUACAAUAACGUUGAGUUAAAAGAUGCCACCGGGCUGGAUCUCGGGACCGGCGACUCGCCGGACAGCGUCGUCAAUCUGCUCGGUUCUAACAAUACCGAGACAGUGCGACCGCGUAAAUUCUUCAAAAGCCGCAACAUCAUACCUCCGCCACCACCUCCACCACCGGUUCCGAACGAACAUCUCGAUCACUCACCGUACGGGGCCAAUGCCGGUGGCCACGGUUAUGGUGCCGGCACGUCCGAUCCAUGGAAUCAGGCAAACGUCACCACGACACCACCACAGCAGCAACAGUUCUACCAGCCACUGUCGGCUGCUGCCGCAACCCCACAGUUCUCUCCAACCGGCCCACAAUCAGCGAACGUGGGUCUGCUUCCCGGUGGUCCUGUCGGUGAUGGUAUGGGUUACGUGUUACAGCAGCAACAGCAACAACUGCUAAACACGAUCCCGGUGACGAAAGAGAAGAAAUCUGGCCGGAAAAAGAAAUCGGUAGCCACUGCUGCCACGGUUGCCUCCGUCGAACCAUCGCUCGAUCCCGCUGCUACGCCUGCCCGGAAACCUGCCGCUGGUAAAGCGCCGAAAAAAGAGAAAAAAGAAAAGCGCACCAAGAAAAACAAAAAGGACCCGACCGCAGGGGAACUGGAACAGGAGCAACCGAAACGUAACUCGUCCCGCAUACGCAACCGGGUGGUCAACUAUAAUGAGGACGAGGAUAGUAAUGACUACGAACGGUCGGUAGUGGGCCGGACAACCGUCACCAACAACCACCAUCAAAGUGCGCCUUUAAGUACGCCGGAAUACGGCAUCCUGGCACCGCCGGCCGAUCCUUCGUUUGCCGGUGUGCUCGACCAGCAGCAGCAAGUACAACAGUUCCAUCAGGACUCGCCAGUACCGAACGCUGCUGCACCGUACCAUCCGAUGGUGCAACGACCGGUUUCUUCUUCUUCGUCCCCGGCAGGUGGUUACCAUUCCGGUGGUGAGGGAAGAUAUGGCGCUAAACCUAGUACAACCGUCACCACGCCGCUGCCAUCGCCAAGCGAACAUCGGCCCAUUUUGCUACGUAUAUCCAAGGGUACGUCGAUGCUGAUUAGCACCGAUAGUGAAGAGGUUUCGACAAACAAUAGCACACCACCGACGACCACAACCAAUCACCAGCAUUAUAACCAGCAACAGCAGGAGCAACAGCCCGAACAGCAACCGGAAGAUGAUGACGAAGAUUACGACGGUAACUUGCCGCCACGGACGCUGCUAGCAGAGCAAGGACCAACUACCACCAACCUAGACAACGCGGUAGACUAUCUUAAGCAGUAUCCCCAUCAGUAUAACGCUCCUGGUGAAACAUUUUCGCAUGCUACACCACCACCACCACCACCACCACCCCCACCAGCAUCCAGUGGCGAAGGUGGUGACACGACACCGACCGAGGUGCAGCCAGUGCCGGUGCCGAAAUCGGAGUUAAAGAUAAAGAUAUCGCUCGGUGGCAAACCACUGAUCAGCAGUACCACGAGCAGCAGCAGCAGUGGCGGUGGGGCCGGUUCCACGACACCCAACAGCAGCGGCGGCGGCAAGGGAACGAAGAGUAGUAGCAAGUACAACUUCAAGAAGCGUGCCAUCGAACGUGAGAAAGCCCGAUCGUCGCAUCUGUCGUCGAAGCGCAGCAAGGCGGACAAUUCGGACGGUGAGCAGCAGCAUCAGCAGAAUUCCGCUGUUAUUACGACUACCACCGCCGCCACCACGGUCCAGCCGGUGUCGUCCUCUACCGUGUCGAGGGAGAAGCCGGUCAGCGUGCCUACCUUAACACGUCCGAGCUUCCCAUUGCCCGGUACCGAUACGUACGAAGUGUUCCGUACGCUAUCCUCCCUGUCCGGUGGUGAUGAUUUCGAUUCGCAAAGCUCCAUACUAGGCAGCGCAUCGUCGGACAAUAACACACCGAAGCAUACGCUGGCCCCGGGCGAAGACUGCCAAAUCAUUCACAGCCGGGGAUCGAGCGACUGUGGCAGUGAUUUGGAGCUGUCGCAAAACAGCUCCACGGCGGCGGCACCACCGUCCGACGUUUACUCCGAGAGCGAGAACACGCAGGAUAACAAUCAACAGCAGCAACAGGCGGCAGCCGCCCACCAUCAACCUUCCCGUGCGACUGUGGUAGCCUCGACGCUUUCGCUCGCUUCCUGUACCGCAGCACCGUCCGCUGCGUUCGUGUCGGAGGCAGUGCCACCGGCUGAUCUGUUUCAGCCCCAGCAACAACCGCAGCCCAGCAGCGUCGAGCGGGUAGAAGUGCUGAAGUUGAAUCUGAAAAAUGUCACACACGGUGCGCGCGUGACACGGAACAAAAUGAAGCACAGCAGCAACCUGGUCGACGAACAGCCGCCGACGCAAUCGCACGAGCAGGAUUCACAAUCGUCACCCGCCAAGCAGCUACUGCUGCGCGUUGGCCGAACCGGGCGUAAUCGUUCGGCUGCUGCGGCCGCCAGCAACAAUAACAACAAUGUGGUCCGGGGAAGCGCGGUGAGUGAGAAGCGUACCCGGAAACAGCCGGAACCAUUGGCGAUACGCGACGAUACGGGGGAAGAGCAAAUCAUGACGGAAACACCACCGGCCAAUCCAUCCCCUACGCAGCUAGAGACGGUGUUGAAUCUACAAACCGUUGUGCCGACCACGACGGAAGCCCCAUCGGCUGUUGUCAGCAGUGCGAUCGCUUCGGAAGCGGCUGCUGCUGGACAUAAACUGAACGCUGCACGGCAGUAUAGCCGGCGCAAGAAGAACGUGAUCCCGCCCGACUAUCUCGGCGAAGCGUCCUCCACCGGUGUGACCGAGGACACAUCGGCUGGGUCGAAAAUUGACAGCAGCAGCGGUGCUGCUGGCGGUGAGUGCGACCAGGACCAGCCAAUGUCCUUACUGCAGAACGGUAAUUCGAUGGCAGCAGAGCUGCAGGUAACGUCUUGUACUACCACGACACGAACGUCACCAACACCCUUACCACAGGAAGUGACCUUAGCUCCAGCGGCAGUGGUACAGCCACAACCGCCGGUAGCCGGACCACCGCCCCCGAUGCGCUUGGUGCUGCAGAAAAAGGGCACCAUCUUCAAGAGCCGACCAAUGGUGGGCUCAUCGGACGGUGCCACCGACACGAAGAAGCGGCACGUCUACAAACACAAAUGGGACAACGACCACGGCAACGGUAUGAUGAUGGAUCGCGACGAACAGGGUGCGAUCAUUGCUGGUGGUGGUGGGGGUGGUGCGGUCGGUACCAACGCCGACACUGCUAACAGCUUGGCCGGAUCGGGUGGAACGGUAGCCGGCAGCAAUGCGUCGGGCACGGUCGGUGGCGUCGGUAGUGGCAAAACGGCGGUCGAUCUGACAAGCUUAUGCUACACGUCGGACGGAGGCUGUGGUAUGGAGGGUAUGGAGGGCGCUGAUCUGGAAGGUGGCAGUGCAGGGCUGGUAGGGUCAGCGUCAGGUGGAGCGGGUAUAUCUAGCGCAGCUCAGCUAGAUUACGAUGGCAACUUCUUCGAUAACGAUGGUCCCGCCGCGAUGCCACCUCGUUCGAAACGGUUGAAAACAUUCGCUCCGUGUUCGAAUGCAACCGGUGCGGGUGGAUCGACCGGGCAAGGCGUAGGGAUCGGUAUGGGUGGUGGCAGCGUGGGCGGUGGAGGUGGGGCCGGUUUCGGUUCCGUGCAUUACCACCAUCACAAUAGGAUGCAGGUGAACGCUGGGGACGAGUACGACGGUGGCGUAGCGGACGCGUUCGGCGACGAGCCGAACGGGGGCGACGAUGAGUACGGUGGUGCGGGUGGCAGGACGCGCCAAGCGAAACCAUUCUACACGAUCGUACGUAACGUGAAGAACUCGCACCAGAUGCAGGAGAUUGGCGAGUUUCAGGAAAUGGACGACGAUGUCGACUACAUCCUGAGCGCACUGCACCCCGACAAUCCGAUCUCGACCCGCUGCCUGUCCGCAUUGCAGCUAGCAACCAAGUGCAUGAAGCCGGCGUUCAAGAUGCACGUACGGGCGCACGGUGUGGUGACACGCUUUUUCCGCGCCCUGUCCGACGCCCACGAGGAUCCGAGCCUGGGUCUAUGCACAGCCGCCAUCAUGUACGUGUUUUCGCAGGACAAACUCAACAUGGAUCUGGACCGGGAUUCGCUCGAGCUGAUGCUGAACCUGCUCGACACGGACCACAAGCUGGACGGUACGGCCCAGCAACAGCAGGGCCAGCUGCAGAAGAACCGCCAGCGGGUGAAGGAACUGUGCGAAGAGAUCAAGGGCGCCGGGAAGGGCAAACACAUCGACACGGACCGCGUGACGGCCGGCUCGCUGGCAAUGGAAUCACUGCUCUCGCUCACGUCGCAGCGGGCCGGCGAAUGGUUCAAGGAUGAGCUGCGCAAUUUGGGCGGCAUCGAGCAUCUGAUCAAGACGGUUGCCGAAUGCUACGAACAGGUACCGGGCCGGGCGAGCGACUGGACCGAGCAGGAUGUGGCGAAGCUGCGCAAGAUCGAGCGCUGCCUGCGGGUGCUGAACAACGUCAGCCUGUUCAACUUCCAGAAUCAACGGUUUCUGCUGGAGCACCGGGGCGGACUGCUGGUGCAGAUAUUGGUACGGUUGUACCGGCAGGUGGAUCGGGAUCUGAUGCACUAUCCGACGGACGACGCGACACCAAAGGAAAGCAUCGGCGUGCUGUUACGCGAGCUGCUGCAACCGAUGCUGCAUAUGCUCAUCACACUGACGCACGCAUUCAACGAUGAAGCCCAAGGAGCCCAUCUCGUGGGAAAGCAACCGGAUGUGAUCAACAUCACGAUGCAUCUGUUGCUGCGCAUUUCCGAGUACGUCCCGCAGCGGUGCGUGUUCGAUCUGCAUCUGUUGGCACUAACGCUGCUGCUGCAUCUUGCCCGCCCGAGCCAACACAACUGCCAGCAGGUGCUGAGCUACACGGACAGCGAAACGAAGCGCGGCGGUAUUAAGGCGCUGGUCGAGUACUUUGAGCAGCAGGAAGAGAUGGCUAGUCAUGCGGAAGCGAAAACGAACGCUAUAUUGGAAACUCCGGCGCGAACGGUUGAUGCUGAGGAUGCGGAAACAAAGUUGAUUCAAAAAGCGGAACAUCAUAUGGAGCACACGUACAUGGGCAGUCACGUGUGCAUGCUGAUCUGUCAGCUGGUGAUGGGCGAACCGGGCUACGAGCAGGUUGCGCGGAUGCAUUUGAAAAACAACAACUUCAAGCGUAUGGUCGCCGCACUUACCCGGUACUACGAGUUCCUGAACCUGACGACCAACGCGGACGCCGAGAGUACUGCACACAAGCGGCAAACCAAGGAAGCGAUUGACUAUCUCGGUCAACUGGAUGGCUGUGAAGCGUCCGGUGUCGUACGGCCCGGUACAACCGCCGGUACCGCCGACCCUACUGCUGCCGCAGCCACGUUUUGCGAGUAGUAGGAAAGAUCCGGCAAGGGGUAGAAGAAAUGCUUUGCAGCAGCAGCAGCAGAUGCGCCGAAGAAAGCCUUAUCAUUGCAAGUGUUUUACUUUCUUUUCUAACAACUUGAAGAAUCGAGGGAGAAUCUUAUCCUUUGUCACUCUCUGCGGUUUGUGGUGGUUGAAUGGUGAAUUUAUUUCCAAAACGGACUAGAGAACGGCGGAUUGGCGGAUGGUGACUGUAGGCUGUAAACAAGAAAACUGACUGACUGAACACGUUUCUGUUUUGCUAGUCGCCAUUCAUUCGGGCCUGUUGCGUUGCUUAAUGUUUUAUUCUAUUUGCACCACAAAUGACUCAUUUGACUGUGACUUGACUGUGUUUUGUAACGUAGCAAUGCAACGACUGAACGGCUUGAUGUUUUAAACCCUUUUCCAAUUAGUUUGGGAGGCUUUUGUAACUCUAUACCUCAUCACAAAAAAGGUUGUUGAACGAACGUUUAAUUGGUCCCGAGAAUCGAUUUACGUUUGUGCAGCAAUAUAAUUUAUAAGUAAUUGCAGUGUUGCUUCGAGCUCAUCGAACAAGUCUCCUCAUGCUUCAAUCAAUCCGCGAGAUAACAGCUUUGUACACAGUGUUGGGACUUUUAGCUCUUUGUAAAGAGGAGAGGGCGACUGCUCACUAACAUGAGUGAGAGGUGAAGCCUCCCGGUAGCUCGCCUCACUCACUGAGGGCGAAGAGGCCUCCCGGUAGCACUGGAGCUCACUACCCAACACGAAGCUGUACAGCGCUAUCACGAUCAGCGCCUUGUUAUAAACAUGUGGACACUUGCUGCAUGACCUACCUUGCUACAUACUUACACCUGAGCUGGUUUUAUAGGCAUCACCACUAGCCAAUAACCAUUUUCUAGUCCACCGAUCACUACCACCACAAGGAGUGCGUACCAGCGAUCUGUGUGUGGACACAAAAUCAGGAAGCCUAACACACGGCAGCAUGUACGGUGGUGCAGUGGGCACCAAAAGGGCAAAGCAAAUGAUGCGUACGUACGUGGGGUUGAUUUCAUCGGACAAGCCUGUAAAUAUGUUUAGGUUAAGUUGUGAGCAGAAAUUCACGGAGCAGGACGGACGAGAAGAGUAGCAGAGUACACAGCGAGCUAGUGAGCGGACAACCGGCUGUACAUGUAUAUUACCGAGCGUGUGUGCAUGAGAACAAAGCAAAUGUUGUAAAAAAUUAAAGCACCAGGGCAUGUUCACAAAACCUAACCACUGUGGUAAGCCUUUCAACGGGAGCAGUUUAGCGGCAGGUCAUCGCGUGUUUGGUGUAAUGUUAAACGCGUUGUCAUGUAAUAUACCCACUGAAUACGACUGAAGUGACACGGAGCAGACGAUGGCGGUGAGUCGUCACAUGGAAGAGAUGCGACACUCCCUAUUUUGUAGCGCUAAAUCACGGGGUACGAAGGAAGUAUAGUAGUGUGUGUUAAGGUUUAGCCACCAUGUAUUGCAAUCUCAUAUCCUUCCUCUGCAAACGAUCCUUCCGCAGGUGUGUGCCGAAGAACGGAAGCGAUGCACGAUUGCUGUAUGCGCUAGGAAUGGGGUCGCGUUACUCUUUUCUACACACACACACACACAUCACGGACCUUAAUAAAGUGUAAGAGAGAAACCUGACUUACGUAUAGAAAUUGUAACAG